CAGUAGUAUCUGCGUUGAGGCAAAGCUCCUCUCUCACUGGCUGCUAUGACCUAGCUACCGGACGACACCUUCUUCCCCCAGGACUGACCGCUGCGGCUCAAAUAGUUGUGUUACGGCGAUUUUUUUCGGCCACUCUUACUUCAACACACAGUCGUUUAUGGUCGCAUUGCCGCGACUCUACAAUCGUAGCUGCUGGCCUCUGAGGCUAGCUGGCUAGCAGAGCAGUGACAGAGGGGAGCCAGCUGGUCGGACAGAGGUACAGCAACGUUAGCAAACAAGCUAAUUAGCCCAGAAAGACUCAGCCUGGAUUACUGCCUUUAAUCAAAGAAAGCGCAAGUCUGCGGUUUUUACUCACUGCGGCAAAAAUGAAGAUAACUGUGGAUUUCGAGGAAUGUUUGAAGGACUCCCCGCGGUUCAGAGCCACCAUAGAGGAAGUGGAGGGGGAUGUGUGCGAGUUGGAAUCCAAGCUCGACAAAUUGGUGAAGUUGUGUAUUGGGAUGAUUGAUGCUGGAAAAGCCUACAAUGCAGCCAACAAGCAGUUUGUUAACGGGAUCCGGGAGCUGGCCCAGCAGUCCACCAAAGAUGAGGUCAUCGAGUCCAGUCUCACAAAGUUUGCUGAGAGCCUGCAGGAGAUGAUCAACUAUCACACGAUAUUAUUCGAUCAGGCCCAGAGAUCAAUCAAGACCCAGCUUCAAACAUUUGUCAAAGAUGACAUACGUAAGUUCAAAGAAGCCAAGAAGCAAUUCGACAAAGUGAGCGAGGAAAAGGAGGCGGCGCUGAUUAAGAAUGCACAGGCUCCCCGCAACAAGCAGCAUGAGGUGGAGGAGGCCACGAACAUCCUCACUGCCACACGCAAGUGCUUCCGACACAUCGUCCUCGACUACGUUUUACAGAUCAACGUGCUACAAUCAAAGAGACGAUCGGAGAUCCUGAAAUCAAUGUUGUCCUUCAUGUAUGCCCACCUGACGUUCUUCCACCAAGGAUAUGACCUCUUCAGUGAACUACAACCUCUGAUGAAACAACUAGGAGGACAGUUGGACCAGCUGGUGGUGGAUGCUGCCAAAGAGAAGAGGGACAUGGAGCAGAAACACUCCACCAUCCAGCAAAAGGACUUCUCGAAUGACGACACCAAGCUGGAGUACAAUGUGGAUGCAGACAAUGGCAUCGCAAUGGAGGGUUAUCUGUUUAAGAGGGCCAGCAAUGCCUUCAAGACGUGGAAUAGGCGUUGGUUCUCCAUCCAGAACAAUCAGCUAGUUUACCAGAAGAAAUUUAAGGACAACCCGACAGUGGUGGUGGAAGACCUGAGGCUAUGUACCGUCAAACACUGUGAGGAUAUAGAGCGUCGCUUCUGUUUCGAAGUGGUGUCACCCACCAAGAGCUGUAUGAUGCAGGCAGACUCAGAGAAGCUGCGACAGGCCUGGAUCAGAGCCGUCCAGAACAGCAUUGCCACCGCUUUCCGCGACAAGGGAGAUGAUGGCGAGAAGCUGGAUAGGAAGUCGUCCACAUCGACAGGGAGCCUGGACUCUGGUGGUGAGCCAAAGGAGAGAUCACUGAAAGGAGAGAGUGCCCUGCAGAAGGUCCUGGCCAUCCCAGGAAAUACCUGCUGCUGUGACUGUGGCCAGCCAGACCCCCGCUGGGCCAGCAUCAAUCUGGGCAUCACCCUCUGUAUACAGUGCUCUGGUAUCCACAGGAGUCUGGGAGUGCAUUUCUCUAAGGUUCGGUCUUUGACUUUGGAUACAUGGGAGCCAGAACUUCUAAAGUUAAUGUGUGAACUGGGAAACGGAGUGAUCAACCAGAUCUAUGAGGCUCGACGAGAGGAGCUGGGAGCCAGAAAACCACAUCCAGGAGAUCCAAGACACGAGGUAGAGGCAUACAUCAAAGCCAAAUAUGUGGAUCGCCGGUUUGUGCGCCGGCCGUCAGACGAGGAGCUUCGCAACAAAGUGGUGUCUCUGAGCAAACAGGAGAAGAGGCUGAGCAGCAGCUCAGAGCACCUGCCCCCAAGACCUCCACCACCCACCCCAAAACUUCGACCGGGUCAGUCAGUAAAAAGUGCAGACAGCGGCAUCCAGAACAGUGCUGAUGGGAGCAGGGAGAUGCUGGCCACCACCCCCUCCAACAACAGCCUGACAGAUGCAGAUGCUGCUGAGUCUCCGCCGUUGCCCAUGCCUGCCACACUGCCUCCUCCGUCACCCUGUAAGGAGGUGGUUUUCUACGAGCCUAAAGAGUACAGCUCAGGUCUGCAGCUCUACUGGGCAGCAUGUGCCCGCAGCCUGCCAGACAUGGCAGAGGCACUGGCCCACGGAGCCGAGGUCAACUGGGUCAACACAGAGGACGACAAGAGGACGCCGCUUAUAAUGGCGGUGCAGGGGGGUUCGCUGGUCACCUGUGAGUUUCUGCUCCAAAAUGCAGCCAAUGUGAACCAGCAGGAUGCUCAGGGCCGAGGACCCCUGCACCAUGCCACCAUGCUGGGACACACAGGGCAAGUGUGUUUAUUCUUAAAAAGAGGAGCAAAUCAAAAUGCUGCAGACAUUGAUGAGAAAACACCCCUGACGAUAGCUGUGGAAGCGGCCAACGCAGACAUCGUCACUCUGUUGCGACUGGCCAAGAUGAACGAGGAGAUGCGAGAGGCGGAGGGGCCCUACAGCCAGUCAGGAGAUGAAACCUACCAGGACAUUUUCCAGGAUUUCACCCACAUGGCCUCCAACGACCCGGACAAGCUGAACCGCUACCAGCAGUACGAUCCGCAGCGACCCUGACACAACAGAAAAACCGUCCACUAGCACUCAGAGACUGUCUGCUCAACCCGAGAGCGGCAAAAAGACGUCUGGAAAGACGUUGUCCACUUUCCCUCCAAUAUGAUUCAGCGUUAAAGCCGGUUAGUGCUGCCGCAGCUGGACUCGUGUCGAAGCUCCCUUUCAACUAAUUGUGUUCUUGCAGCUGUGUUUACAGCCCCUUUUUUUAAAACUACAGGCACUUCUCUAAAGUGAAGGAGAACCUCUGUGAACAGUAAACCUCACUUUUUAAAAAAAAACAAAAAACCUGUAGGAUCUUUUUAUUCGAACAAGUGAAUGGUACAGUGUUGAAUCCUCAGAAAGGAUUUGCAAAGUCAUAAAAAUAAGAUUUUUUUAAUUGAACUCAGUCUGAAUGUAGAGCUGCCAUCAAGGCUGUCAGUUAUUUUAGUUGUUUAUGUCACACCUCAUGACAGAAGACAAUUUCUUUCUUUAAAUACAUUAGGAAAGAAGUGUGCAUCGUCAGAGUUGUAAAGAGGUAAGUGCAUGACAGACUGUUAAAUACUCCAUUUCAAUUUUUAAGCGCUUCCUCUCUUUAAUAGGAUUCUCUUUAUGAUCAUAGGCAUCUUUUUUUAUAUCAAAGUUUCGCUUAGUGAACUCUCAGCAGCGUAUACACGACAAUAUGCUUUUACUUAUUUGCACAGAUCCCUUUGUCUUAAAUCGCCACUGAUGUUUACCAGUUUUGAUGGUAAGACUUUGACAUGUUAAACAGUGUACAGUGAUUUAUUGAUGCAAAUAGAUUUUUUUGAUUUUUCACCGCUCGUCUUUUUUUUUUUUUUUUUUGAACACUUUCCUCUGAAUGAUUUAAAUUUUCUGUGUCGUCACCAUGUCAGUACCUGCAGUACGUGUCAGCGAGGCAAUCAGCCCUUCGUGAUCGUCAUCAGCGUCGUGAUCUUUGUGGAAUGAUAAAAGCUUCAGUUGAGAUGAUUGUUAAUUUAUAGAUUCAGUCUCAUGCUAUUAUUAAAGAUGUAGCAUUAAACUCUACAAUAAUAUGGAUCUAUAGAGUAUAUACGGCCAUUUUAUUCCCGUUGAUUCUAGAAAUAACAGUAACGCUCCAUUUUACAGGUUUGUAAUUUCCGAACAAUUUUUACAGGAAGUUUCCCAGAAAGAAGUGUGUCAUUUGGUCCCUCAAAAAAGCUCAAGUAAAUGUUCAUUUUAUACUGGAGGUAAACUCCUUAAGAUUCAGUCUUGGUUCAUCUGGAGACACCUGUGGUCACCAUGGUAACAUCAAGUGUGGUUCCACACUAUAGAGUGCAACUGGUCUAUCUUUUUACUGUGCCAGAGCAAACAAACUCACAUUAGUGACACUGAAUUGGUUUUCUGUGAAUGCCUUGUGCGUUGGUAGCAAAGAUGGAAUCGCGUAAUUUUAAGGUGUAGAAAUUUUUUUGAUUGCACAGAGGCCACAUGCCAGGGCAUCAAGGGUUUAAAAAAAACAAAUUUGAUUUCAUUUCGAUAGACAAAUCAGUUUGUAAAAGUAUUAAUGCCACAAUUUUUAUUACAAGAAAAACUAAUUUGUAAUUCAAAUUAUUAGAAAAUCUUCAAGAUCACACAGCAUCAGUACAAUCACUGAACCCUCAGGACACAAAAAUGAACAAGUAAUACUGAAAAACAAAGAACUGAUUAAUCAGAGUCCUGAGUAUAUAUGUGGUGAUCUGUUUGCAUCAUGUGUGAGACAUUUACACUGUAUGUAGUUUACAUAGUUUGUCAUAUAUCAGAUUUAUGUAUGGGAUAGUUCCCUAUGGAGGAAUAGUCAGUAACAUUAAUAACUUUAUAACAUUCUGAAUUAAACAGAUUGUUUUUUCCUGGAGGUCAUGAUAGAAGUUGCUAACGAGUGAGCCAUUGCACUUCCUUCUCACCUCUGUUGAGAGCUGCACAUGCAAAGUAGUGAUCAUGGGAAUGCAUAGCAACAAUACUUUCACUUUUACCAGUCCUGCCAGGGACUUAAGAACAAGAGCAUUUUGUUGCCAGGUGGAGUUGAUAGGAGAGGGCAGAGACGCGGGGCUGGGAAAGAAAAAACAAAACAGGCAGAGAGUGGGACACCAAGGCCACAGUAGCCAGUAAGCAUAUGGUAUUCAGAAGUGCGCCAAGACUGCUGCUGAAAUUCCUGCUCUGCUAGGCAAUUUGAAUCUAAUGCGUGAAUGGCGGACCCCGCCACUAACAUUGAAAACUGCUAUAUAAAGGAAUUAUUGGAAAAAAUACAGACUCAAAAUAACAUCAAAAAUUUUGUUUGAGUUCAUGAAAAUCUUCAGGAUAAUAAUUUUAGUUGUGUGCUGUAUAUGUGGCUAAGUGUAUUUUCAGCCUACCUGCUGUGCUCUCAUUAAAAUGCUCUAUUAUGCAGGCAAAUAAUUGAAAUUAAUUGUAAGUGGACUAUUUAAACGCUGCCUCCAUUUCCCUCUAAUAGAAGUAAAUUAGAUCAACUUUUUUGAGUAAACUUCUCAGGAAAUUAUUUUUGAAAUUACAAACCUGUAAAGUGUUACAGAAGUACCGUGCAUACAGUCAGCAAAAUGUCCAGAUAUGUUUGGAAAUAUUACUCCCUCUGUGGAAAUUGUAUAAAGAUGUUUAAGUUGAGCUGUAGAGCCACUGUCGUUUCCUGUGAUGAGCUGUUAAAGAACUUAGAGUGUUAGAUUCAGUUCAAACAUCAGACGACUGCACUGAAAUGUCCAAAUCCAGAAAUUAAAUCUGCAAAUUUCCUGUCAGAUGUUAUGUGAACUGUAGUGUAGGAUCUGUCUUCAGCAAAAAUCUCCUCUCUGACAUUAACAGUACGUACAGUAGUCAGAUACGACACGAAGCGCAGAGGAAAUCUUCGGCCAACAUGGGAUACAAUUCUUGUACAUUCUGUACAGAUGCUUUUGAAUUCUCCAGAGAACUGAAGUAUAAAGUUAGUGGUACUUGAAUCAUUAAAUAAGCUUUUGUAUAUGCUGUUCUUUGUAUCCUUUGGUAAUUUUAGCCCCUUUUAUAUUGCCUGUCUGUAUACCAGUAUACGUGUACUGUAUAUUCUACCUGUAAUAUGUAAGAACUUCAAUACAUAUGGACUGAGGAUCCCUCACUGAA